AAAAAUUAACCGGUGGUAGGGUUGAUAUGUUGUUGUGCAUCCCAUAGAAUGCAGCUUGCUAACAUUCGGCAUUCCAAAACAAAAUAAACAAAUAAAAAUCACUAUCAAGUAUUCAGGUACUCAGGUCUCCGAGAUCCAUGGUUAAAGCACCUUACGAAUCUGAAACGUUUUUUGUCUUAAUAGUUAAUUUUCAACAUAUUUUAAAAUCUUUAAAAAUGGCGACGACGUCGGUGUCCGUAGAAUUUCAAAACCUCACAUUGUCCGAGUGCUUCGACCAAGGCCUGUCGUCUUACGAGAGUAUUUGCGAGUCCACAGAACCAGCCAAGGAAUCUGGGACGCAGUACAGGAUAAUAAAAUGCAUGAAAAUAUUGGAGCACACUACACAACUCGUAUCCGCGGCGGGCAUGUUCAGCAACAAUGAGACCAUCGAAGAGAUACCAACGGCCGACGUCAAAUACAUGUUAUUGCCAUUCAUUUUGGGGUCUCUGGCCCUAAAACUCACAAACAACGGCAAUAGAUUGGAUGUCGUCAAAACAGCGGAAGUAUAUUUCAGGGAUUAUCUACAGAGGUGUAAAGAUUAUGGAUUGGCUGACCAUACAAUACCACCCGAGUACACAGAUUCUGAAGAAACCGAACAAAAAUUAAUGGAGUCUCAGUUACAGCUGUUGAAGGAACAGAAUGAACGUGAGUCUGAAGAUGACGAAAUGAGAAGAAAGUACAUAGUCUCUUUACUGAAGUACAAUAUUGGCAAGGCUUUGGAAGAAUUAGAUUCUCUUCAAGCCGAAAUGAGAAUUUUACACUAUAAAUUGAAACAUGAAGAUGAAGACAACCCUGAAAAUGCAAAAUCUCAAAAGCUCAAACCUAAACCGUUAAUGCCUAUUAUUAUCACAAAAAAUGAGUUUCAAAAACAAGUAUUUGGUGCUGGCUAUCCGAGCUUGCCAACAAUGACAGUUGAAGAAUUCUGUGAACAACGUAUCAAUGAUGGAAUAUGGCAUUUACCUACUGGUGAUAAUACCAAGUGUUUACAACAACUGUCUGAAGCCUCAGAACCAGAACAAGAAGAUAAAGAAGACAAAAUCAAUGAGGAAGAAAAAGAAAACGAAAGACAACGACUAACUGCUCGCGACGAGUACAAAGAUGACCAUCGCCGAGGAUGGGGUAAUAGGCAUAAUAGAAGUUAAAAGGGCCUGAUAAGAGUCGUUGAUAUUAUAAAUGUAUUAUAUAUACAAAAUGUGUCUGUUUUGUAUGAACUAUAAUACAAAAUUGAUGUAUAAUCCUUUACAAAUACUAUUAAUAUAUUUUUUUAAAUAGCUAUAUUAAAUCCAAAUAAAUUUUAGUUCUCCAAAA